AUGGGGAAGGCGCAGCAGGCCCUCCAGGAGCAGUACCGCCUGGGUUCGCUGCUGGGCCACGGCGGCUUUGGCAGCGUCUGGGCGGCCACACGGCUCUCAGACCGUGCCCCGGUGGCCAUCAAAAGGGUGCCACGGAACCGUGUCCGGCAUUGGGGUGAGCUGCCCAACGGCACCAGCGCACCACUGGAGAUCGUGCUGCUGCACAAGGUCUCCACUGGCUUCCCUGGUGUCGUCCAGCUGCUGGAGUGGCUGGAGCUCCCCAAAGACAUCAUUAUCAUCAUGGAGCGCCCGAAGCGUUCUCAGGACCUCCAGCACUUCAUUCGGGCACGGCGGUUCCUGUGCGAGGAGGUGGCGCGGGAGCUGUUCCGCCAGGUGCUGGAGGCCGUGCGGCACUGCACCAGCUGCGGGGUCCUGCACCGCGACCUCAAGCCAGGGAACAUCCUGCUUGACCUGGCCACCGGGCAGGCCAAAUUGAUCGAUUUUGGCUGUGGCACCUACCUACAAGACACAGCCUAUACUCACUUUGCAGGAACACCAUCAUACAGUCCCCCGGAAUGGAACCAGUUUGGCUGGUACUAUGGACAGCCAGCUACCGUCUGGUCCCUGGGCAUCCUGCUGCACCAGAUGAGUGCCAAGAUGUCAUCCGGCGGUGUUUAUCCAUGCUGCAUGUGGACCGGCCUUCAGUAG